AAAGGAUUAAGUUUUUGGAGUUAAUGAUUUGUGAGUUUGCUGGAGGUCAGUGGCAUGUAUUGCUCUGUAUCUCAGUAUGAAAUAGGCCAUUUGUUCAGGUUGGCUAAUGAAGAGUACGACAUAUGCUGAACGUUCGGGAUACCAAGAUACAGCAGCAAAGCGUCCACCAUCUGGAUUCUAAUAUGAUACUCAAGAAGGUCCGAUUUCAGGAUCCUCAUGUCCCGGAGCGAGUAAGUGAAAACACGCUGGUCAUGGAUAGUUUGAACCAAAAUCUUACCAUUGGACAUCAGUCUCAUCAAGUGCUCCAGAGCACUCCACUGGAUUUGAUUGAGACUGGGAAAGCCCUGAAGGUCCAAGCAGAGCGUCCCCAUUUGGUUAGUCUAGGAAGUGGCCGUCUCAGUACAGCCAUCACCCUCUUACCUCUGCCUGAAGGCAAGACCACUCUGGGUCACGGAACCAUGGACAUCAACAUCCAGGGCCCAGGGAUCACAGCUCAGCACUGCUUUAUCGAAAACAAGGCAGGACUCAUCACUCUGCACCCCUGUGGAAACCAGUGUAGCAUGGACGGACUGCCGGUCACCAAACCUGUGCGCCUGUCUCAAGGCUGUAUGCUGUGUUUCGGCCAAUCCGCCUUCUUUCGUUUCAAUCACCCUGAGGAGGCUUUCCGAAUGAAAAGCAUGAUGCCUGAGGGAGGACAGACAGCCAGUGUGAAAAACUGGGCCCACACAGAUUCCGAGAACCUGGUUAAUGGGAACCACUCGUCAGGAGUGCCAAAAUCUCACUUGGUCUCCAACGAGAGAGUGCGCCCUGAGCACAGUGCCAUCGUCAGUUCCAUUGAGAAAGACCUUCAGGACAUUAUGGACUCAUUAGUCAUGGAUGACCCUCAGCCCUCUUCCUCUGAGUCAAAGAAGCCCUCUGGUCAGCCCAUCUCCCAGUCUCCCUUGUCCCCCAUGUUAAAUGGAGGGGGGCGCUUCCUUCUCUCACCCCCAAUGAGCCCUGGUGCUAUGUCUGUGGGCUCCAGUUAUGAGAAUACCUCCCCUCCUUUCUCUCCUCUCUCAUCCCCAUCAGCUGCCAGCAGUGGCAGCUACACCAGUAUUUCUCCGAGUGGUUGUCAGGACCAGCUUCACACGCUUCCUCCUGUACCAGUGAGGUCUUCUAGUUACAAUUACACCAGCCAGCCACCCAUACCUCAGCCACGGACCAUACUGCCAAGCUAUUCAGGUGGUAACAGUGGGUCAAAGGUGCCUGAGAGUCCCAGACUCCAGCGAAAGGCUCUUUUAGAAGCACCGCCAAGCCCAAAGCCAAGUCGUAGGGGGUUGAACCAAGACAGCUCGGUGGCUAAAACCCCAGACAGCCCCAUACAGACUCACAUUCUGCCCUCAGUCUCCAUCUCUACUGCUCCGACUGAUUACCCAUCUGUCAGUCGGGUUCCAGUUCCCGGCAGUCCCAGACUGACCCCCAAAUUCUCCACUGCAUCCCCAUCCUCCUCACCUUCUAGCCUUAGAACCAAAACUGCCAUUGUUCUACAGGAUCGGCCCUCAAGUCCUUUCCGGGAGCAGCCUCAGCCGGAUCGUUCCUUGACCUCUAGCCCCUCUAAACAACUCUCCCCACCCUCACGAUCUUUCCAGCCCCCUUUGGACCCCAUUGUCCACAUCAUUCAGGGUGGACCUCCACACCCGCAUCCUCACACAUUGCAGCCUCCAGAAAGUCCGCGGCUGGCCCGCAGGAACCUUGAAGGGAAUAGCAUGAGGGAGCUUCCCCCUCUUAGCCCCUCCAUAGCUCGCAAGGGGGUUCCUGUGCUCCCUGGAGCUCUACCAGGAACCCUGCGGACUCCAGAGAGUCCAUCCCCAAGAAUGGUGCCAGAGAGUCCCAGACUCAGGCGGAAAGCAGGGUCUCCUACAGAAGAACCAUUCAGCCCUCGUGGGAUGCGUGCUCGUAGUCCUUCACCCACUUCUAGACUGAUGGGGGAAGGCAAUGGAUGGAGGGGCAGUUUUGGGAACUCGCUCUCUUCUGCCUUUAGCCUGGGUUCUCUGCCUGGGUCAUCGCCCCAAUCCAGUCCCAGGAGCCACAGAAAGAUGUCAGUGGGCCACAGGGACCUCCGGAUGCCUCACCCUGGUAUGAGGGAGCGCAAAAAUAGCAUCACAGAGAUCAGCGACAACGAGGAUGACCUUCUGGAGUACCACCGGCGCCAAAGAGAAGAACGACUCAGGGAGCAAGAAAUGGAGAGGCUGGAACGGCAGCGGCUGGAAACAAUCUUGAACCUCUGUGCCGAGUAUAACAAGGGCGACGGGCCGGCGGGAGAUCUGGGGCUUGGCUCAAGGGACGGGCUUAACGUCAGACGUCCUUCCUUGGACAGUGUGAGCAGUGCUUCCAUAAGGGUGACGCAGAGACAUCGUCAAAGCCAAGAGGAGAACCUGAAGGAGGACAGCAGUAGCACUGAGAGUGCACAGCAGGAUGGACGGACCCCACCAGCUCUGCUAAAUGGACAAAAUGGACAGGCAGAGGACUCUCUGGGAUCAGGCAGCAUUGGCCGUCUGGAACUGGGAUACCUGGAGGAGGAGCGAGUUCGAGUGCUGGCAAAGGUAGAUGAGCUCAAAGCUCGAAUCACAGAACUGGAGCAGCAACUUCAGGAGUCCAAACAGGAGGCGGAGAUGGAAAGAGCUCUGCUGCAGGGAGAAAGACAGGCCGAGCUGGAGCAAAUUGAGGCUGAGACAGAGAUUAUCAACCAGCUGCAGCGCAAACUCUGUGAACUGGAGAGCACCAUUCAGAGAGAGAAAGACAAGGCAUGCCAUUCUGCUGGAUGGCCACUCAAGGCCCAUUCUGGUCUCGAUUGCCAUCCCCAGGAGAAGGCUAAUGUUGAGGCGGAGCGGGAAGCCCUGGAGAGGCUUCAGGAUGAGUACAAUGAGUUGACGAACCAGCUUCAUAACUGCCCUGAGUCUCUGAGGGAGCAGUUACAGGAACAACUCAAGAGGGAAGCUGAGACCAUUGAGGCUGCGACUAAGCAGUUUGAGGACUUGGAGUUCCAGCAGUUAGAGAAGGAGAGCAGUCUAGAGGAGGAGCGCGAGACCAUCACCCAGCAGCUGCUGCAGGACAGAGCUCAGUACCACAGCAGCAUCACCAAAAGAAAGGAAAAAGUUGUGGCAUUGGAAAGCCAGGCCAGUCAGUUGGGAAUACAGGCCACUCAGGAGUGUGAGAGACUGGCCAAGGACAGAAGUAUGACCUUGCAACUGCUACAGAAGGAAAAGGAAAGGCUAGCAAAUCUGGAGAGAAGAUACCAGAGUUUAACUGGUGGAAAGACGUUCCCCAAAAGCUCCAACACUAUAAAGGAGGAUGUGCUUCACAUCAGCGAGGCUGACCUGUUAAAUGAUGACCACCCCUACUCCUCCCCCUUUCAUGCUUCCUCAUUCCACUCAUAUCCCAUGGUGCCUCAGGAGGAGUACUUGAAGCUGUCGGAUGUUUAUAAGAUGUAUGGGAGUGAUUGCCAUGACAUCCAGCUCACCAACGCUUCCUCACAUGGCCUCUCGCUUGCCCUUGACCCAGCUGUAACUGCUCCCCGUGAGGAGUAUGUGACCGUCGGCCAAUUAAACCAGAUCUAUGGGAUGCCGAAGGUGGAGUCUUCCCCUACCUCACCCAUCCAAUUACUUCAGUCUUCUCUCGCAGACUCCGCAUUCUCCUACCUCCCUUCCCCUCACGGCUCUUCCCUCUCUCUCUCCUUCGAGCGUCAGUCGGACUGGGGCAGGCUUCAGAUGCCCGCUCUAGAUUUAGAGCGCUGGUACCAGGAGGUAAUGGCAGCUGGAGAUGCAAACCAUCUCUGCCCUCCUCCUCCCCUCCCGGCUAAAGCUUUCUCAUCACGCAAGCCUGCGCAGGUGUACCGCUCUCGACUGGACAGUGAUGCAAGCCAAUCAUCACUGAGACCGAAAAUCAGCGCUGGUCUGUCCCCCACAUACACUACGGCUACACUGGGACGCAACACUCCUGCCAGGAGUCCUCUGAUGGUAGCCAACAGCACCGGGAGUCUCCCACGCAACCUGGCAGCCACCCUGCAGGACAUUGAGACCAAAAGGCAGCUGGCCCUUCAGCAGAAAGGCCAGCAAGUGAUUGAUGAGCAGCGGAGGCGUUUGGCCGAGCUGAAGCAGAAAGCUGCAGUAGAGGCUCAGUGCCAGUGGGAGGCGCUACAUGGCUCUCAAACGCAGAUCAACAGUCCCUUUUCUUCAACCUUGGGGCCAGUCGUGCACCACUCCAUCCUGCAUCACACAGCACCCUCUUCUGGGGAACAGCCUUAUGACACCCUCAGCCUGGAGAGCUCGGACAGCAUGGACACAAGCAUCUCCACUGGAAACAACUCUGCCUGCUCUCCUGACAACAUGUCCAGUGCCAGUGGUAUGGACGCGUUGAAGAUUGAGGAGAUGGAGAAGAUGUUGAAAGAGGCACAACUGGAGAAAGCUCGACUCAUAGAGUCCAGAGAACGAGAGACUCAGACCCGUAAACUCAUGCUAGAGGAGGAGAGAAGAAGAAGAGAGGAGGCGGAGAAGAGACUGCAGGAGGAGACGAUACAUAGACAGCAGCUGAUAGAGAAGGAGGUGAAGAUGAGGGCCAGAAACUUCUCUCAGGCCCGCCCGAUGACCCGAUACCUGCCCAUUCGCAAAGAGGAGUUUGACCUCCGUUCCCACAUCGAGUCUUCAGGUCACAGCGUGGACAUGUGCUACCACAUGAUUCUCACCGAAAAGAUGUGCAAGGGCUAUCUUGUCAAGAUGGGAGGAAAGAUCAAAUCCUGGAAGAAGCGCUGGUUCGUCUUUGAUCGCCUUAAAAGGACGUUUUCCUACUACGCCGAUAAACAUGAGAGCAAAUUGAAGGGCGUCAUCUACUUCCAGGCUAUCGAGGAGGUUUACUAUGAUCACCUGCGCAGUGCCACAAAGAGCCCCAACCCCUCCCUGACCUUCUGCGUGAAGACCCACGACAGACUGUAUUACAUGGUGGCCCCAUCCGCAGAGGCCAUGAGGAUAUGGAUGGAUGUGAUAGUGACAGGAGCCGAGGGCUACACGCAGUUCAUGAACUGAGACAAAACCCACUAUACGGAAUAAUACGGAAACCAUUCGGCAGGGAGACUUCAAAUGACCCAGACCUGUUGUUCCCAACAAGAGGAAAAACUUAAUUUUGUUACUUCCUUUUUUUCUUCUUCUUGAGUUUCCUGAAGAUGUUAUAUAUUCACUCAGAUGCACAGACAGAUAUCACCAGAGGCUUUCCACGUCUGCCUGGAUUGAAAAAGGGAAAAGACGAAAAGACCCGGUGAACCAAACCUGCAGGUGGUGGCUCACUCACCAUCGACGAAAAUGCCUUUUUGCUGUCAGAGAUAUUUUUCAGUUGCAGUUUAGUUUAUGUUGUCUGGAUGCGCAGAAACAUGACUUUCAUUUGUAAAGUUUUCAAAUUCAAUUUUCAAACGUAAUGGGAAAAAUGCCAAAUGUCAUCAAGCCAUUCUGGAAUAGUAUUGCGUUGCAUACUUGAUGGGAUUGACUGACACGGAAUGACUAGAGGAUAUAAAUGAACUGCAGUACAUUUAAAUGAUGUUUUAAAUUAAAUGGAGCAUUACAUUCACAUUUAAAGAUCCGAUAUCACAGAAACAAAGGCUUGAUUCACCAAAGCUCACCUACCAGCUCAGGAGUCUAUAUUUAUUGUAGAGGGACAUUAGCGACUCCUGUCCAACUUCAUCCCACUGUGUCUCUGUGUUCCCAGCUCAUUCUUUUAGAUGCAGAACCACACACACACACACACACACACACACACACUACAUACAACAGUAAAGUCUAUUUGCCAAGUCCUGACAACUUGAUCUUGUGAUUCGACUCCCUAGGGAGGCAGCCAUCACCUAUCACUGCCAGCCUACGAGAGUUUGGAAUUAUUGCCACAAACAGGAGAAAAAGAAACAACAUCAUAAUCAUGCAGUGCCUUGAUAAUGACCCAUAUUUGUCACUUUUAGUAUCUGAAAUGUUACACUAGUGAAAAAUACUGUAGCUGGAAUCACUGUCUUAAGGUGCGGCCACAUUAAUGAAAUUUUGAGAGUAAAAAAUGUCGAUUGUCAAUUGUAUAGUGAUGUAUGAAGCACAGCUCACACAGAAGUCACGUUCAAAACAAGCAAGUUUUCCGGCUUUCAAUGCAGCGAAUUUGAAUCGGUUUAGAAAUCUGCUUUGGAAAUUCUAUUGUCAUCGUCGAAAUUCCAGAUUGCAUGGAUGCCUAUUCAAAUUCGCCUGGAUUUCACCAGCGAAAAUCCACAGAACAAUAGCAAAUUAGUGCAAAUUUUGUGAAAAUUACACAGGGGGAAAAAAAAUGUCAAUUGUCUACUGUCAGUAGUGUAGCGGUGUUGGUCAGCACGGUGAAUGUACUUAGCCGACUUGAAUCAGUUUCGACAUCUGCAUUGGGAAACCUCUCGCCAUCAUGCGAAAUUCCCAACUACACUGAUGCCUAUUGAAAUUCGCCUGCCAAAAUUCAUUGACCAACAGUAAAUUAGUGAAAAGUUUGUGAAAAUUGCGUAGGCUGUCAAUAGUGUAGUGAUGCAUGAAGUACAGCUCACACGGAAGUCAAACCAGGAAGCAUUAUGUUGGUUGAAUUCAUGUGACCAUCUGAACCCGUGGCGAAAACUGAAUGAGAAAUCUUUUCAUUGUCAUGCGAAAUUCCCAAAUACAUGGGUGCCUAUUGGAAAUGACUGGAUUUUGUCUGCAAACAUUUGCUAAACAUCAGUAAAUUAGCGAAAACUGGCAAAAAAAAUUGCAAAAUUUUUAAAGGCAAAAGAGGUCAAAUGUUUAUUGUCUAUAGUGUAGCGAUGCAUUAAGCACAGCUCGCACGGAAGUCUUUUUUUUAAACCAAGCAGCUUUAUGUUGGCUGAACUCACAUGACCAGCUGAACCUGUUGCGAAAUCUGGGCAGGGAAAUCUUUCGCCGUCACACGAAAUUCCAGAACAUGUGGAUUCCUAUCAAAAUGACUGGAUUUCGCCUGCAAAAAUUCACAGAGCAACAAUAAAUGUGACCGCACCUUUAUUCCAUAUGAUACAUAGUGGGUUUUACUGUUCUAAGAGAUUGUGAACAGACACGUACUGUAAUUAAAAAAAAGUGACCUAUUUAAAUCAGUCCGAUACUGCUUUAAUACAAUUUAAGAAGCUAUUCAAAGGGUUUAGUAGCUGUUCAAGUUUUAUUGAUGUUUUACAGGCCUUGUGUUAAUUUGGGGAAAACAAAAUGUUUAUUUAUGCUACGACACUGUUAAAAAUGACCAACGUGUUCUGCUUUCUCCCGAAACCAAACUGUGUGUUCAAAUGAAAUCUACAGAGAAUUUAAAUCAACACGAAUAAUUAGUCUUCAUUAUACGUGCAAGAUGUCUUGAGUACUAUCACAGAACUAGGUGAAAACAGUGUUGUAAAAUGUUGAACAUAAAUACACUCACGGUUUUCCUU